CGAGGGAACGAAGAGGAGGGGCCAUGAUGCAGUGCUGCCUGCGCAGGCUGCAGCCUCAGGCGAGCGUCAGUCACGACAACUUGUGGCGAGCAAGCUCUUCAGCAAGACCUGUGCGCAAUCCUCCCUCGCUUCGAAGUUAGAUCUGCGCUGCGCUCACUACCAUCCAUCCAUAUUGUGUGAAAUAUAGAGCAUCAAAGUUCCCCUGUGCUCUUUUGUCUGAUUUAAGUGAUUCUCUCGGGAACAGAUUUUGUGACGCAGUGAUCUUCUGCUCUCGAGCAAAUUGGCUUUUGAAGGAAGAUUGGUUUGGAAGCGUUGUUUUGAAGCUGUGUCUCUGCCAGCCGCAAAACUGCUUCAUUGGUCAUUUGGCCUCCAAACACCUUUAGAGUGACGCACUGUGCACGGCAGGGCACUUCAGAACAAGAUGACCACCCCUUCCAGCAGCUCUCCAGCUGCAACUGUGUCACCUCUUGCCAAGUACAAAUUAGUUUUCUUAGGCGAUCAGUCUGUUGGGAAGACGAGCAUAAUCACCCGGUUCAUGUAUGACAAGUUUGACAACACAUAUCAGGCAACAAUCGGCAUCGAUUUCCUCUCAAAGACCAUGUACUUGGAGGACCGUACUGUUCGCCUGCAGUUAUGGGACACAGCGGGCCAGGAAAGAUUUCGCAGUCUGAUUCCUAGCUACAUCCGGGACUCCUCGGUGGCUGUGGUUGUGUAUGAUGUUUCAAAUCGGCAAUCCUUCCUGAACACAGCGCGGUGGGUCGAGGAAGUACGGACAGAGCGAGGAAGCGACGUAAUCAUUAUGCUGGUUGGGAACAAGACUGACCUGGUAGACAAGAGGCAAGUUUCAAUUGAGGAGGGGGAUGCAAAGGCUCGAGAAUUUGGUGUUAUGUUCAUUGAAACAAGCGCAAAGGCUGGGUUCAACAUCAAGGCUUUAUUCCGGAAGAUUGCAGCUGCUCUGCCGGGCAUGGAAGCUCUGUCCGCUUCCAAGCAAGAGGACCUCGUGGAAGUUCAACUAAAAACGCAACCAUCUCAAUCACAGUCGGGCGAGAACAAGGCCUCGGGAUGUUCGUGCUGAUAGUGGUUGACAGUAGUAUAUGUUCACCUAGUCAGCACCAAAACACGUUCAUUCUGCUCUUGUCCCAAAAAUGCUCAUUCAAACGAUCAUACUAUAUGUGUUUGCUCCUUUUACCGUUUUCAUUUCUCGUCAAUGACUUGUAUCACGCUUCGUACGGG